AUGUCGCGCCAUCAUCCCGAUCUCGUCAUGUGCCGCAAGCAGGCCGGCAUUGCCAUUGGCCGCCUCUGCGACAAGUGUGACGGAAAGUGUCCCGUCUGCGAUUCUUACGUCCGACCCACGACCCUCGUCCGCAUUUGCGAUGAGUGCUCCUUCGGCAACUACCAGAACAAGUGCGUCGUCUGCGGCGGUGAGGGUAUCUCGGACGCCUUCUAUUGCUUCGAGUGCACGCGACUCGAGAAGGACCGCGAUGGGUGCCCCAAGAUUAUCAAUCUGGGUAGUUCUCGAACCGACCUGUUCUACCAGAAGAAAACGAAUCGCACGGCGACGUACUAG